AUGACAGAGCGGAAUAGACAAGUGUGGGUGGUGAACAAAGCCAAGGGCAGCAGGCAGCGAUUCGACAGGCCGAGGCUCAGGCAAUAUAUCGAGAAGCUGUCGCAUGGAUUGAACAAGAAGUAUAUUUCAACAGAUAAGGUUUUGGACAAGGUUUGCGAAGGGCUUCCGGACGAGUUAACGGUGCCGCAGCUUAUCGAUUUUACGGCAGAGACGGUGGCAGCACUGACUACGAGCCACUACCAGUAUUCGAACCUGGCAGCACGAAUUCUUGAGAGGCAUCUUCAGAAAAGAGUGCCGGCAAGAUUUUCGCAAAACCUGGAGAUGCUCAGGGCGUACAAGCCGGGGACAGGGAGGCGCAGAAAGGGACUUAAGAUUUCGUAUAAGCAUCUCAUUGCCAGGGACCUAUACGAGCUGGUGAUGGCACACCGAGAGGAGAUAGACAGGCAGAUAGUUGCCGAGCGAGAUUUCGACAUCGACUAUUUUGGGUUCAGGACACUCGAGAAGUCGUAUCUGCUCAAAAUGGACGGUGUGUGCCACGAGACGCCCCAGUUUUUGUUGAUGCGGGUGGCCCUAUCACUCCAUUUGGACAGUUUGAGCGAUGCCUUCGAGAGUUACGAUCUCAUGUCGCGAAGAUUUCUGCUGCAUGCAUCCCCCACGUUGUUCAACGCAGGAACGGAGUUCCCGAACCUCUCGUCGUGCUUCCUGGUGGGCCUGCAGAGCGACUCGUUGGACGGGAUCUUCCGGACGGUGCACGGGUGUGCGAUGAUCUCGAAAGCCGCGGGCGGGAUCGGAAUGCACCUCAGUAACGUUCGGGCGGCCGGAACGUACAUUUCGGGCACCAACGGGACGUCCAGCGGCAUAGUUCCGAUGCUCCGGGUGUUCAACAGCACGGCCAAGUAUGUGGACCAGGGCGGAAACAAGCGGCCCGGUGCGAUUUGUGCGUAUUUGGAGCCGUGGCAUGCAGACAUCAUGGAAUUCCUCGAUUUGAAGAAAAACCACGGCAAGGAGGAGAUGCGGGCCCGGGAUCUAUUCUAUGCAUUGUGGAUUCCUGACUUGUUCAUGCGGCGGGUCGAGAAGGACCAGGUGUGGAGUCUUUUCUCCGAGGACACGGCCCCGGGGUUGUCGGACACAUGGGGGGCCGAGUUCGAGUCCCUGUACGAGCAAUACGAGCAAGAGGGCCGGUACCUGAAGCAGGUGAAGGCUCGCAAGGUCUGGGAGAGGAUUCUUUACUCGCAGACGGAGACUGGCACGCCGUUUAUGCUCUACAAAGACGCGUGCAACGCGAAAUGCAACCAGAAGAACCUCGGCACGAUCAAGUCGUCGAAUCUCUGCUGCGAGGUCGUCGAGUACUCGUGCAAGGAUGAGAUCGCGGUGUGCAACCUUGGCUCUGUCGGGUUGCCGAUGUUUGUGGAGGACGACGGGCAAGGAGGCCGUUUUUUCAACCUGCACAAGCUUCACGAUGUGGUCAGAGUGCUUGUCCGCAACCUCAACCGCGUGAUAGACGUGGGUGCGUACCCUCUGGGCGAGUGCAGAGUGUCGAACACGCGGCACAGGCCCGUUGCAGUCGGUGUCCAGGGCCUGGCAGACGCGUUUUUCAGGCUGCGGUACGCGUUUGGCAGCCCGGAGUCUCGCCGCCUCAACAAAGCCAUCUUCCAGACCAUCUACCACGCGGCCCUGGACCAGUCGGCGGACCUGGCCCGGCGGGAGGGCCCGUAUUCGACAUUCCGGGGCUCCCCGGCGGCAAACGGGGUUCUCCAGUACGACAUGUGGGGCACAGAGCCUGCAGAAACCCGGGAUCUGUGGGACUGGCCUGGGCUCAAGGCCAAAAUCCGCCGCUUUGGCCUCCGCAACUCGCUCUUGGUGGCCCUCAUGCCCACAGCAUCGACCUCACAGAUCCUGGGGUUCACAGAGUGCUUCGAGCCCAUCACUUCCAACAUCUACACACGAAGAGUUCUCUCUGGCGAGCACCAGGUGGUCAACUCGUACCUCGUCGAUGAUCUAGACCGCCUGGGCCUGUGGAAUGCACACAUGAAGGACCAGAUUAUCGCCGCAAACGGCUCCAUCCAGGACAUAGCCGGCAUCCCGGAACACACCAAGCAACUCUACAAGACCGUCUGGGACAUGUCGCAGAAGAUCAUCAUUGACAUGGCUGCCGACCGCGCUCCCUACGUUGACCAAUCACAGAGCAUGAACCUCUUCCUCAAGGACUGCACACUCGCCAAGAUGACCAGCAUGCACUUCUAUGCCUGGCACAAGGGCUUGAAGACCGGCAUGUACUACUUGAGGACCCAGGCCGCCUCCCAGGCCAUCAAGUUCACCUUGAGCCCGACGAUGGAGCGCGAAUCUCGCACUAGCCGGAUUGCUGAGGCUGCCCGGAGACGAAAUUCCCGGAUCCGGGGUAGCAUCGCCGGCAACGAUGCCAAAGAUGGCUCCAACAGCGUUCCCAUGUGCAACGCGUUGGAUCCCGCCGGCUGCCAGUCCUGCUCCGGCUGA